UAAGUUUUCUCUACACGAUAGGUUGAUAGAGAAAUGAAAAUUUUGAAGCAAAUAUUACAUAGAUUAACAGAGUGGGAGUGUCUAAAUUGAUACAGUCUCACUAAUUUGCUAUGAACUUAUUAUAUAUGUUACUCAACUUUAUUAUUAACCCACGAACCAACUGCACCUAGGGGUGGGUAUACGGUCCAGUCCGGUUAAAUUGGAUCAAAUUGAUCCGGUCCCAGUCCGGUCUUUUCGGGAAUAUAAGGACCAAAGAUUGGAUUGGAUACAAUCCGGUCUUGAUCCGGUCCGGUCCCAAUUUUAUCUUGAUUUUAGGUGUUGGGGGUCUCUUAUCCGGUUUUUUACCUAAAAUCUAAGCCCGUAUAUGAGAUUGCAUUGUUUGCUAUUCGGUCCCAGUCCGGUCCCGGUCCGGGUUAUACGGUCCGGGACCAAAUAGCCAGCCCUAACUGCACCCAUCCGUCACCCACCCAACCCAACUCACAAAAGAAUGUGGGUGGAUAGCGGGUCAUAAUUAUACCAACUCACUAGUAAGCGGGUUGGUCAAUUUGACACCAAAACCCACCCAACCCGCCCAUUGCCCACCCCUAGCUAUUAGUGUGAUCACAAAUUAUAUUAUUUUCUUAAAAAUAUAGGCGUGGGAAAUUUUACUUAUCAAUAUUACAAUUGCUCAACUGUUCCAUCAAAUAAUUCCUUUCCAUUUUGUAGUAGAGGUGUGGCGGUGGAUCAAAUACACUCUAAUUGAGCAUGGUGGUCAUGUUUACUUUAAUAUAUAAUGCAAAAAACAAAGAAGGUAGCUGCUUACGUACAACAUUGAAGAGUGCUCAGGAUUUAGAUAUCUUCGUAUAUAUUAUCGUAUAUAGUAAUUCGUUGAUAAUGCUGUACGUUAUUAUUGAUGAGCACUGGUUGUAGGUAUCAUUAUCAUUGAUAAUGCUGUUAUUGUUGAUGAUCACUGGUGGUAGGUAUCAUUUAUCGUUGAUAAUGCUGUUGUUCGAUCGGAUGAAUUGGAAUUCCGGCACAGAAUGAAGUAGUUGUGUGCAAGAUACCUAUGUCUCUAAGCGGUACGUUUUAGGGUAUCUUGUUGGGGUUUGCAACGAGAAGAGAGUCGGUGUUCGUAUGUUCCAAUGCGACUUCAUUAUUCUAAAACUAUCUUGCCGCCGGGGUUUGUAACGAGAGAAGAGGCGGGGUUUGCAGGUUGGCUGAUCAAUUACCAAAAUUUCCUCCAUCUCCCAACAUUAUAAAGCUAGCCCGCUUUACUAAUUAAGAACAUAUAACAUUGCCCACUAACCACGAGAGAGAGAGAGAGAGAGAGAGAGAGAGAGAGAGAGAGAGAGAGAGAGAGAGAGAUGGCCGUGCAAGUUCGCCGCUUGGAAGCCCUAAUGGCCACAGUGCUGAUUUCGUUGCUAGUUCUGACAAUGAUCAACGGAGGCUUCCACGGCAGAAUAAUCAUCACUGCUGAAGGUGCCCUCGAUCCAAUGUGCGGUGCCUCCGACACAUGUUUUUGUAAUCCAACAGACUCUGCUUUCCCAGAGGCGGUGGAUAAAGUAUUAUCGGACCUCAGAGUCAGAGUAAAGUGCGAUGUGGCCGACUACAACUAUGGUUCUCAAUAUACCUACAUACAUACUUCUUGUGCUAAUGGUCCCACCUGCGAUGAUUGCUUAAACAGAGCGACUCAAAUAAUGCGCCAGAAUUGCCCGGGCAAAAUUGGAGCUCAGUACGGGAACGAAGAGUGUUGUGCUAGAUAUGAGUUGAACAACUUUUGUGGAUAUCGAUACUUUGCAAAGGAGAAAGAGACGCAUCAUAAAUAAAUUAAAACUACGAGUUAUUAACGGGGAAAGAGAUACAUCAUAAAACCAGAGCGACUGAAGUGAUGUACGACAAUUGCCCGCCCUAACAAACAUGCUAUGUGUAUGCUUGUGCUAAUGGUCCUCUUUUGUUGACCUUUCCGCUUGUAUCGUAUCUUUUUAUUUUUUCUUCGUGUUUUAGUUAAAGUCUGGUCUUUUGCUCCUUUGAGCUUCUUCAGAGCUCCCCUUGUAGUGGCAUAUCAUAUCAUGCUCUUUUAUAGUAGUUCAGCUGCAUACAAACUACGAAGUAUAGUCAGGGACAAUCUUGUAGUUGAGUCGUUGCUGUAGUUCUUUAGACCUGCUGCCUUGGAUAAGCUUCCUUUAAACUUCGGGAUUUCCCUGACACUAUUAUUGCAGAAGCUUCCUUUGGAUAGAAUGACGCCCUUAUGGUCUUAAUUAACGGGGCUAUCCAUCCAAAACAAAUGCUUUAUCUGAGAAGGGGAAGUCCAUCUAUUCCAUAAUUUACCGGCGGUUAGCCGUUUACCUGCGUUACCGAGCUAUAAGAAGUACACUAUAGUCACCGCAAACAUUCUUUGUAAUUAGUUGUAUAGUUCUAGUCUCGGGAAUUAAUUUAUUUGUUUUUAUGCCUUCAAUAUAUUUCACGUGAUUAAAAAUUAGUCUUUGUUAGUUAUGGUGAAUAAAUCAGGCAGACAACUGAGAUAGUCGGGUAGGGGUAAUCCCAAUUCCAACAUGCAUCUGCAUGUACGAGUGAAUGCAUGGGUUAAUGUAUAGCAUGCACUUACCCAAUUGUUGCUUUAUUAGCUAGCUUUCUAUUUCUAGUUAUUUAUGUGUAUGUGGAUGUAUGACAAUUGUUAGAAAGAGUGAGCGUAAGUAAAAGAUAGCUAAAGAAUGCACAAAGUGUGUGUGUCGUGUCUUUCUUAGUUGAGUGUUUUAACUUUUAAGCAUAAGACAAGUUAAUGAGGUUAGUGUGUGUUUGCGGAGAGAUUUUAUUGUCUACAAAAUUUGAAGGAUUUGAAACUCAUAUAUCAUUUGUUCAGAUAUUGCAUGUUGAAUUGGAGUAUUAAGAAGUGAUAUAUAAUUCUUAAACUAGUAUUAAUUUCAGCCCGGUUGACCAAUAGCCUUAAACCUCUUACUAAUCAGACAUGAUUGGAUCCAAUAAUCAUAAGUUGAGAUUUAGUUAUAUAUGCAGAUUCAAAACCAUUUUUUAUGUGUAAUGAAUUGGUACAACAAAUACACGUAAAUAAGUGAAGAUGAACCCGAUAAUGCAUUUUGACUCUUCAUAUAACUAAAAUUGUUUAAGGGAUAAACUAAUUCUACACUCACUCGAUUGGUUGAACGAGUUUUAUUUUUAUCACUUUCAGUAAUUAGUUUAUUCACAUGCUUACUUUGCUCCGACGAAGAAUGAUCAGUGAUAUGUUCACCAAGUUUCAGGCCCUAUCGGCUGUGAAUGGAGAAGAAGCAUUUCGAACGCAAACUGUGUGUGUCGUGUCUUUCAAAACUAUUUUUUAUGUGUAAUGAAUUUAUACAACAAAUACAUGUAAAUAAGUGAAGAUGAACCUUAUUAUUCAUUUUGACUCUUGAGAUAACUAAAAUUAUUUAAGGGAUAAACUAAUUCUACACUCACUCGAUUGGUUUAACGAGUUUUUUUUAUCACUUUAAGUAAUUAGUUUAUUCACAUUCUAUCAAACUACUUUGUUCCGGCGAAGAAUGAUCAGUCAUAUGUUCGCCAAGUUUCAGGUGCUCUGAUUCACACUAUUGGCUGUGAAUAGAGAAGAAGCAUUUCGAACGCAAAAUUGGAGAUCGAAGUCAUUGGGAUGUUUCUAGAUUUCUCUCGAUUCCUGAGGGUGGGAAGAAAGAGAAAGGGAAAUGGGGAGAGUUGUGAGAUACAAAGCUGAGAGAGAGAUGGAAGAACAAACGAAAAAAGAAAGAGGAAGGCAUAGACAGAGUGAGAUGACAAAUUUUAAAGAGUAGGAAAAUGAGGUAGUGUGAAAUAAUUGUCCUUCUGCUUUGCUUAGUGAGUAUUGGUGGGAUUAUUCUUUUAAGUUUUGAAUUAUUUUAGUAGACGAAAUUAUAUUUGACAGAUUAUUUCAAUUUAAAAAUCUAAAUCAAUAUUAUUGUUUAGCCCUGCUGUAGCUUUUGCAGAAGCAACUUCUGGCUGGAGCUUUUAGAUAAGUACUUUUCAAAAAAAGUAGUUGAGUGUUUGGUUAUAAAACUAUUAGAAGUACUUUUUAAUAUGAGAGGUUGUGUAAAAUGACUAUAAACGACGUAUAAUAUAAAAUAUGAAUAAAAAUUCUAAACAAUAAAAAGUAGUCAAAAUGGUUCUUAUUAGAUUUCUUUUAUAAUAAAUAGAAUAAUUUUAUGAUUAUUUAAUUUUUCAAAUGAUAUAAAUGAAAGAAUUAUAUUUUCUGAAAUAAAAUUAACAUAUGGUAAGGAUAACAUUGUAUUUUCAAAACAAAUUUUCGCAGAAGUUCCAAAUCGGAGCUUCUGCUUUUAUGUUAUACAAAAGCGGUUUUCGGAUUUUCAAAAGACGAGAUUUUAGAGGUGUUUGACACUGAUUCAGCUUUUGAAACCGAAAAACACUUCUAAAAGUCGGGCCAAACAUAGGGAUUAUUGUUUAGAUGAUUUUUUCUUAAUGCGAUUAUUGUAAUUUCUGAGAGUUAAGGGGUAUUCGAUAACCUCAAUAUUUUAGCAAUUUUUAUUUGAAGUUUGAAUUGAAAGAUCGCACGUACCGGCUGUUCAACCAUAAAACUUCACACCGUAGGCUAAAUUGGUAGGUGAUAUUUAGCAAUAUGAAACAGUUGAACCACGGUUAAAUUAUAACUUUAGUAUAAAAUACUCUACCACCAACUUUUUGAUACGAUUUUAGAAUCCUUGGUUCAAACAAUUCUUUUAUACAAGUGGAAACAAAGGUUACAAGACAAAUGUUGAACUAUCUAUUGCCAAAAAGCAUAAGUUAGUUAGCGAUAAUGAAUAAUUCAACCCAAAAGACACUUUGCAACUUCUAUCUUUUUAAAAUAAAUGUAUGCUUCUCAUAAUCUCGAUCAUUCAUCAACUUAAAGAGUAACAUAUAUUUCAAGUAUUAUGAUUUUUAUAGGAUUUUAUUUAUUUAAUUAUUUCAUGAAAAUAUAUUUGAUGCAUGAAAAUUACUACAUAUAUUCGAAUGAAAGAUUAGUCGGUCCAAUGGGAUGGUCCAGACCGAAUCGAGCCAUAUAUGGUUUGAUCCAAACCGAAUAAAAGUAAUAACGAUUCGACUUUGUUCCUUGAUUUAGAAAAAAUUUUGGUCGGGUCCGAGUAUAGUUUGGUCCGGUCUUGGACCGAAUCGACCAAUGCCCACCCCGAAAGGUGGAUCCCAGAACCCAACCCACUGCAAACUGCAUCCGCAUAGGGAUGGCAAUGGGUCGGGUUGGGGGGGGUUUUGCCAAACCUGAACCCAAAACCAUGGGUUUAUCUGUAAAAAAAAACCCUGGGUAAAACCCGUUGGGUUUGAAUAUCUCAAACCCAUCCCAACCCGCUGGGUAUCUGCGGGUUAAUGGGUACCUGUGGAUUUUGUAGUAAAAAAUUUAUAAUAACAAGUUUCUUCCAAAUAAAAGUCUAACAUCAACUUUCUCAUAAAAAUUAUCCAUACAAAAAAACACUUAUCUAGAGCAUACAAGCAAACCCCAAAUUAUCAAUACUAAUUGUUUAAAAUUAAAGAUAAACAUCUAUAAACAAUGAUUAAUUGAUAGCUUCCUUCCUCCUUGUCAACUAAGCUUCUUCACUCUCCAGUCCAUAAUAUCAACUUCAUCUCCACUGCAUAAUAUCAACUUCAUCGAACACAAUUAGAAAUAAUAAAUUAGACAUGCCUCCACAAACAUAAAGAAGAUUAGUUGUUUAAGGAAGAUAUAUUGUUUAGAGUAUUAAAUAUACCCAAAAAAUUAAUUAUAUGAGUGUGGGCGAGUACUCAUGAGGCUGGUUUGCCUAAACCCAAACUCAACCCCACACGGUGAUGUUGUAGCGGGUUUAAACCCGAACCCGACCCAAAACCUGUCAACACGUAUUUUACCUGUGUUGACCGGAUUGGAUAGGGUAGGGUACCCAUCGGUUUGAGUUUUGUUGUUAUCCCUGAUCCGCACCUCCUUUUAGUUUUUUGUUAGGAAUUAUUUUGGGCCUUUAUAUGGUAGUGAGAUGAAUGGUAGGAGAUUGAGUUUUGUAGGAUAACCUAGUUUGAUCCAAUAAAUUAUGCAUUGGACUUCAGCCCCGCCCCGUUUGAUCCAAACAAUCAAAGAUCCCAUUGGACUUUUGCCCCCGUUUGAUUCAAGAGUCAAGACAGUCCCGUAAAGCUUCUAUUAAUGAAAAACAUUAGCCCAGAUCCAUAUAUGCUUAGUAUUCCCGGCCUUCCUACAAAUCAUAUAACUUAUUAUUAUAAAAUUAUAGAAUAAUUAUACAAAAUAAUUGUUGAAUGGGUUGGUAACUUUGGUCUAAAAAUUAUAUUUUGAUGACGAGGUGCAAAUAUUCGAGGAUACGAUGCUCAUAAUACUCAACAAACUAAUGAAAACGAACAAUUCAUGCUAACAAAGCUAUUAAUAUGACCACAAAUUAUUUUUUUUUCUUAAGAAAUAGGCAUAGGUAAA